CCUGGAAUAGUUUUCACGGAAAAAAGGCUGAUGGUUCGGCCACCACUAAUCAUUAUGAUUGGGACGAUAGAAUAAAAACUUUUUACGCUGCUACUUACCAAGACAAUCUUUAUAAAGUAAAAGGGGAAAGUUUUCACAUUACGGAAGAUGAAGCGAUAAAAUUAUUAAGCCGCAUAAUUUAUGAAUUAGGCCGAAUAAAAAAAGCUGAUUUUGCUGCUAAACAUGGUUUGACCGGUGCUGAUAAAACCGCUAUUGAAGCCCAAUUAGAUAGAUUAAUAGAACAAUCAACCGCUAUUAAAGAGAUGAACGAAAAAGGGGCCACCAAUCCUUUCAACUUCAACGAUUUAGAUUUUGUGGCCAAAUUAAAUGAUACUUUGUCAGGUGAUGCUUAUACUGAAGAAGAAUUGGCUGAUUAUGGAAUAACAGUCUCUGACAGUUCCAAGACUACUCUUUACAAAUCAACUAAAAAAGAUGCCGAUAACCAGGCUAAAAUAAAGUCUUCUUUUUCGACUACUCCUAAUCCGGUGCAACAAUUAUUUACCGAUUUAAGAAGUCAAGGGGCAGUAGAUGCCAACUUCAGCACUCACUAUCGUUUACCCGAAAGUAGUGAUGCCCUGGAUGAUUUAAUUGCUCAGUUAGAGGCUGAUAAAACUGUGAGUGCGGUGACUAAUGCCGAUUUGGCUAAGGAAAUCCAGGAACUUAAAAAAGAAAUUGCUGAAAAAGAGAGUGAGAUAAUUAGUAAAAAAAGUGUGUUGGAUGGUUUAGUUGGGGAAAUUUUGACUAAAAAACGAGAAAAGUUGAAUUCUUAUAAUAUUGCUAAAGGUUUUGCUAAAACUUCCACCGAAGAAAAUCGUCGGGAAGUAAUGGAAUUAGUCAAUAUUAACCAACUACUUUUAACAAUCAGAUAUCUAGAAAAUGAUGGAGAUGCUACUUCGCCCAGCACA